AUGCCAGCUUAUAAAUACCAGCCCCUUUCCAACCCCAAGGCCAUUCGUCUCUUGCAGCGCAGACCUAACGAGUUCUUGGCCUCUCGCCCCCUGCAAUAUUUCUUUGACACCGAGAAGCUUGAAGACGACUACGGUCCGAUGAUUCCCUACAGUGCUUUGUCCUAUACCUGGGGAACCCAGGUGGAGAAGAAAACUGUCACAGUAGAAUAUUUUUCCUUCGAGAUAACGCCAAGCCUAGACAAUGCACUAGAAGCCUUCUUUUACACAAAUCCGGAAGCUCGGAUAUGGGUAGAUGCAAUAUGUAUCAACCAAAAUGACCUCAACGAGCGCGAUCAACAGGUCCGCAGAAUGAAAACCAUAUAUCAGCGAGCCGAAAAGGUUUUCGUAUAUUUGGGUGACACUCCACACACCUUAGUCGGUAGCACCGCCGGAUUGAAUCCACUCAACGUUACGAAUGCUUGGAAGCUGGCUAAGUAUCUUUCUGCAAUUUCAACAGUAAUUCAACUGGAUUGGGGAGUGAACGUGGUGCUGCAAAACGCAUUCCUUGAUCUGUCUCGGGAUCCCAUACUAGCAGAUCCUACGUUGUGGAAACUGUUGAGACGUUUGUUUCAAGACAGCUGGUUUGAGCGGCUAUGGGUCAUACAAGAGCUAGCAGCGUCUCAAGAAACCGUAGUCAUGUGGGGAGGCAUCUUUAUUCCAUGGGAGACUCUGAAAGAAGCGGCAUCUUUUAUACUACGACCAGGAAAGGCUUCUCCGCCAAAGGCUAUAACAGACUACCUUCCAAACAUCGGGGCUCAUCGUCUCAAACAAGAGGCUAAAUGUACUGAUUAUCGCGAUAAACUUUUUGCAAUCCUUGGUGUUGUAGAAGAUAUUCAAGAUGUCGAGAUAGAUUACGCUAAGCCAGUAAAUGACGUCUACCGCCAAUGGGCUAUCAAACGGAUAACGAGAUUACAUUCUUUAGAUGUUUUAGAAGCUUGUGCAAAUUCGGCCAAACAUAACGAUUUGCCAUCUUGGGUACCAGAUUUACGACGGCUUUGGGGUCAAGAUAAGCAACUCUGGGCCCAGAAUGUCUUUCACGAGCGACCGCUGUGGUACAUCAGCCUUGUAAUUCAAGCCAACUCAUUGCUGGAUUGGAGACACAAUGGCGAGUGGGUUCUUGACAUGAAAGGCCUGAGCGUUUGCGGCAACCGACUCGGUAUAAUUUCAAAUUUGAGUGAAAUCGCAGAUGUAAUACACAAUUUGACUGACACUUCCAACGUUGCGGGACGGCUGUUGGAAAUAAUAUUGGGUUGGGAGCAGUGGCUUUUGCUUGGCGAGAGAAACGCAAAUAUCAUUGACAAAUACUAUAAAUUUGUGUGUGUGAUCUUGCGAUCAGUCAAUGAUUCACAGCUCUUUUACCGCUACUACAGUGUAUUGCUAGGGCUAAUAUCGACCAGAAAUCUCCCCCGACCUCACCAUGUGCCCAAGACUAUGGGGUGGUUGGAUCUCGAGGGUGUAGACAUUAAAAAGGAAUUUGAGCGGCUAAUGUUCCCUCGGCUUCAUGGAUGUCAAAUCUUUGAAAUUUUCAAAGAUACUGAACUCGGAAUAGUAGCCGGAAAUUGCGAAACCCAGCCACACGACCAAGUAUGGUUGCUGCAGGGUGUUCAAAACCCCAUCAUAUUACGGCCCAAGAAUGACCACUUCCAAGUCAUUACAACGUGCUUUCUCUCGGUGGAUUGGGAUACAUGGGCUCGGAGACAACCGAAAUCCGGGCCCUCGUUUCAGGAAAUCAUACUUGUGUAA